UCUGUAAAGAAUUUUACAGUAAAAAAAUAUGGUAGCAACGUUUUACGGUUUUCACUUAAAUUUACAGGUAAAUACCAUAAUUUCAUUAACUGAUAUAAUUUUGAUUUACCAACCUAUUGAAGUAUUGAAAUCUGUUUUGUAAGUUUGUAAUACACUAAUAACCACCAAAAGCAGGUGGUAAUAGAAAGUCACAUGAUGAACCAAAGCCCAUCGCAAGCAGCUUUUUACCCUUUGGGGUCAGAGGGUGUUUUGGGGCCCUGAAGAAGUUUUGACAUGCCCUGACAUUUGUGCUUUUUUUCAAUAUCUUAAAAACAUAUUAAUGGCUAAAGUCUGAUUACAUUGUAAUCAGCACAAACUGGGCUACAGUAAUAUGCAAGCAACAUUAAUGUACAUGUUUGUGUUUUUGAGAAAACAAUGUUUAUGCGUGGUUAGUAAAAAACUAAAUUUUUUUUAAAGUCACUGAAAUAAGGCCAUGAAACACAUACAGAACAUUUGUUCACAAGACUUUUGAGGAUGUGGUAGGCUAGAGUUUUUCCUACAAAAUGAUGUGAAAAUCAUCUCGCUCACUCGUUCAGAGAAAACAAUAUAUUGAUGUAAAUUUUCUAAGACAUGUCUUGUGAUCGAAAGGGAAUAUGCGAGGGAGUGACAACGGCCAUGGAUAUUUAGCAAUUCACACCUGAGAGACAAAAUUUGACAUUAUAGAAGGUGCACAGUCACGGUAACACACGUGAAUCUGAAAUAAUGCAAUAAACAUUAAUUUAACAACAUUAGAUGUAACAUACAACCCUAAUGUACAAAACUGCUAAGAAAAAACUAAGAAGAAAGAGUUACUUCAACAAAAAAACAUCAAAUUAAAAAAAAUGUAACACAGCGAAUUCUGAGAAUGUCAAGUUACGGUUAUCACUGUAAAUUUUGCAGUCUUUUACCAUUAACCAUUUAACAGGUAUUUACUGUAGCAUUUUUACAGUUUUUUACUGUUAAAUUCACUGUCAUUUUUACAGUGUACUUUAUAAAGACAAUGCAACAAAUGUGUUUUUUUGACUUUGAAAAUGUCACAUUUUCUCAGUGGAACAGCUUUAGAACUGAGAGGAAGCACAUAAGGACUAUGCCAACUCCUCUGUGCAUGAUACCCCUUCGCAGCCAGAUCCAAUAUUCUGCUUUGGCGAAUCAACCACAGGCUUUAGUUUCAGUUUUCAGCCUAUGCUCAGUCCCUCUAAGUCUCCAUCAAAGCUUAACCAGAGUCAGGCUUUUGUUGGCACAGAUAAUCAACGAGAAGCAUUGCAGGAAGAAAAGCUAGAUGGUCCGUACUUUGUGCCUGUUGUGCCACUGCCUGAUCUUGUUGAGGUCUCAACAGGAGAGGAGAAUGAACAAGUCCUUUUCAGUCACCGGGCCAAAUUAUACCGCUAUGAUAAAGAUCUUAGUCAGUGGAAAGAAAGAGGUAUAGGAAACCUUAAAAUACUACAACACUAUGAAACAAAGCGUGUCAGACUCGUGAUGAGACGGGACCAGGUCCUCAAACUGUGUGCAAACCAUUGGAUUGCUGCAGAUAUGAAGCUUGAGCCCAUGAAUGAAGCCGAGAAAGCGUGGAUCUGGAGUGCCUUUGAUUUUGCUGAAGGGCAGGGCAAGGUGGAACAGUUAGCAAUCCGAUUUAAACUUCAGGAAACUGCAAAUGCUUUCAAAGAAGUCUUCGAAGAGGCAAAGACUGCACAGGAAAAAGACACUCUACUCACCCCAUUUUCUGCAAGAGUACCUUGCUCCACCCAAGACAUGCUUUGUGGCAAGUCUGGGGCAAAGCUUGGCAUUCAAAGCACUGUGGUCUCUCCUCCUAAGUUUGCUUUUGGAUCAGACUCUGUGCAGAAAAUCUUUGGAAGCCCUUCACCAUCAAGAGAAAAAUCUUAUAUAAAAAAUAAAAUUGUACCUCUUUGUUUAGCUCAUGGCUGUCCAACCCUGCUCCAAACACACUUGCCUGCAGUUCUCAAGUAGUCCUAAAGAUUAUGAUUAACUGGUUCAGGUGUGUUUAGCCAAGACUGGAGUUAAACACAUCUCUGAUUUAAGUUCUAGAUAUUUUUUGAGGACAUUCUUUACAUUAAUCGUCUUAUUGUGCAGUUUAUUGGUGUAUGUUGCCUCUGAAAUUUACAGCCGGUGUCAUUUAAGCCCAUAUUUCUGUCGUAUAGAAACUGAUUUUCAUUCAAUCAGUUAGUAAGAUGGAUUUAUCCUGAUCUUGGCGGCACACAGUGGUUUCUGUAUGAGAAACCAAAAGGAGAUUCAGCGAGAAGUGUUUGUUGAAUAUUCACUUUUGAGUGUUAUCAAUAAUUCUGUAUACUGCAGUAAAUAUAUUGGCAGCAGAAGUAAAUAUAAUAGAAACCAAAGUCAUCAUUCACUCAUUUUCCCCAUCAGCAUGUAACUCAACUCUUUUUCACAUAUUCAAACAUGGCUCAAUGUGAUUACCUGUGAGAGUCGGUACUGAGGUCUGAAGAGCUGACUGAUGCCAUGCAGUGUAUUUCUGAUGAGUGUGACGUAUGAGAUCUGCAGAUGCAUCAUCACACUGAGUGAUAGACAGCAUGAGUGUUUGCAUGUGUGUGUCUGUAGAGUCACUGAUUUCAUGUUGGGUGUGAAAUGCGUGUUGACCGAUGAAACAGUCAGAGUGCUUUUGUUUGUCUGCUACAUGCUUUGACACUUGUUGGUUUUACAUGACUCUUAAUUGCUUCUAAAAACAGUGCUCAACCAGAGGUGAGCGGAUCAAGAGAUAGUUCAUGCAAACAUGAAGAGUCAGUCUUGUUCUUCCAAAUGAGAGAUCAAGUCAGGUUUUUAUUUUCCAAGUACACUGUAAAAAAAAAAAUCUGUAAAGAAUUUUACAGUAAAAAAAUAUGGUAGCAACGUUUUACGGUUUUCACUUAAAUUUACAGGUAAAUACCAUAAUUUCAUUAACUGAUAUAAUUUUGAUUUACCAACCUAUUGAAGUAUUGAAAUCUGUUUUGUAAGUUUGUAAUACACUAAUAACCACCAAAAGCAGGUGGUAAUAGAAAGUCACAUGAUGAACCAAAGCCCAUCGCAAGCAGCUUUUUACCCUUUGGGGUCAGAGGGUGUUUUGGGGCCCUGAAGAAGUUUUGACAUGCCCUGACAUUUGUGCUUUUUUUCAAUAUCUUAAAAACAUAUUAAUGGCUAAAGUCUGAUUACAUUGUAAUCAGCACAAACUGGGCUACAGUAAUAUGCAAGCAACAUUAAUGUACAUGUUUGUGUUUUUGAGAAAACAAUGUUUAUGCGUGGUUAGUAAAAAACUAAAUUUUUUUUAAAGUCACUGAAAUAAGGCCAUGAAACACAUACAGAACAUUUGUUCACAAGACUUUUGAGGAUGUGGUAGGCUAGAGUUUUUCCUACAAAAUGAUGUGAAAAUCAUCUCGCUCACUCGUUCAGAGAAAACAAUAUAUUGAUGUAAAUUUUCUAAGACAUGUCUUGUGAUCGAAAGGGAAUAUGCGAGGGAGUGACAACGGCCAUGGAUAUUUAGCAAUUCACACCUGAGAGACAAAAUUUGACAUUAUAGAAGGUGCACAGUCACGGUAACACACGUGAAUCUGAAAUAAUGCAAUAAACAUUAAUUUAACAACAUUAGAUGUAACAUACAACCCUAAUGUACAAAACUGCUAAGAAAAAACUAAGAAGAAAGAGUUACUUCAACAAAAAAACAUCAAAUUAAAAAAAAUGUAACACAGCGAAUUCUGAGAAUGUCAAGUUACGGUUAUCACUGUAAAUUUUGCAGUCUUUUACCAUUAACCAUUUAACAGGUUUUUACUGUAGCAUUUUUACAGUUUUUUACUGUUAAAUUCACUGUCAUUUUUACAGUGUACUUUAUAAAGACAAUGCAACAAAUGUGUUUUUUUGACUUUGAAAAUGUCACAUUUUCUCAGUGGAACAGCUUUAGAACUGAGAGGAAGCACAUAAGGACUAUGCCAACUCCUCUGUGCAUGAUACCCCUUCGCAGCCAGAUCCAAUAUUCUGCUUUGGCGAAUCAACCACAGGCUUUAGUUUCAGUUUUCAGCCUAUGCUCAGUCCCUCUA